UAAUCAACUCAUACUGCCUUAGAAUCCAUUCAUCGCAGUCGGCUAACAGAAGAGAAAACAGCAAAAACAGAUAAAUGCGCCACAUUAUUUCACUAUAUUAACCACCGCUCACAUUGCCGUUUGGCCAGAAUUUUAACCAUGGAGUUGUCCGAGAUACUGUACAACAAAGCGGAAUACAUUGAGACGGCUUCUGGCAACAAAGUGAGCAGACAGUCGGUGCUGUGUGGGAGUCAAAACAUCGUCCUCAAUGGCAAAACUAUUGUCAUGAAUGACUGUAUCAUCAGAGGAGACCUGGCUAAUGUCAGAGUGGGCAGACACUGUGUUGUGAAGAGCCGGAGCGUUAUUCGACCACCAUUUAAGAAGUUCAGCAAAGGAGUGGCAUUCUUCCCACUACACAUCGGAGACCACGUCUUCAUUGAGGAGGACUGUGUGGUCAAUGCAGCACAGAUUGGUUCCUACGUCCACAUUGGAAAGAACUGUGUCAUAGGUCGUCGCUGUGUGCUGAAGGACUGCUGUAAAAUCUUAGACAACACCGUACUUCCUCCUGAAACAGUUGUGCCUCCUUUCACUGUUUUCUCUGGAUGCCCAGGUCUUUUUUCAGGAGAGCUCCCGGAGUGCACACAGGACAUGAUGAUCGAUGUAACCAAGAGUUACUACCAGAAGUUCCUUCCCCUCAGCCAGAUCUGAGACGCAUCCUAAAAACCGUCAGCAGGGUCCACACUCCCUUUCUAUCCACUUCCAGGUCAGGGUUGGAUCCUGUCUGCAAGACUGAAAUGGACUCAUGAGUUCUCACCUUCUGCCUUUCAUCUCCCAGAGGCCUCGAGUUUCUCUGUCCAGGAAAAUCAGUUGGUAUUGUUUUGAACCAACAUAUUUCUUCUGAAUCUGAUUAAACUUCCGAAGGAAGUUUUGUACGCUUGCAGCUUCAGAUUCCGGUUAAAAUCUGAACCCUUGUUAAAUUCAGAAAGCUUCUAGGAUGGUGUUACCAAACUGCACACAACAUGCUCCCAGUUUAUCUGAGAUAAAACUCCUGAAUUUAUUUCUGUUUCCUAUAGAUACUUUAAUUUCCCAAGGAGCUGUGCUUAUGUAAGAUACCUUUACCAGGUCAGUGUGUUCAAGGUCCUCUGUACGUCUGCUGAUAAUGACAAUAAUGACAGAGACAAAGACAAACAGAGAAGCCCUCGUGUAAGAAGUUGUGGCAGCAGCAGUAGGUGGAGAAGCAAGGAAAGAAGAGAAGGUGCAGUCUGGAUGUGUUUGAAGGAUGUUAGAACACAGCUUUUAGGAUACUCUUCAACAUGUAUGGACCAAAGUAAGAGCAACAACAGUUGACUGUACAGGUAUAUUAUUCAUAUCCAUAGCACACACACAAUAAAAUAAGUCACUUUAGUCACCGUCAUUUUAUUUGAAAUGUUUAUUUGCUCUCACAUUUACUGGCCUGUGUAAAUUUGCGUUAAUAAUUUCAAUGUUCUGACCAAUAGUCAUGCAUAUGAAUAAAUAUAAAUGUGUGAAAAUCUA